AAGCUGGAUAAGGAGUUGAAUAAGAACUAUAUUGCUCAAAACGCGUCAACGUGGGCGAGAGGGAAGCUGGUGUUCACUGGAUGUAUUUUAACGUUUGAAAAUAAAGACCAAAGUGGCUUGAAAUAAUUAUUACGUGCUGGAUUCCUUCCUUUUAUGUUGAAAACUGAGGACGACCUGUACCUUUCCAUGCACCAAGGGGUAGGAACAAAAGAUACCCAGCCAGAGAGCCUGUAACAUUAUGUCUUCACUGCAACGCAUCUUCAUGUUGGUCUGCUUGCUAGUAAUCAUCUAUGUGGUACUGGUACUAUAUAUUAGGAUUAACCUACGGAAGGGAGUGCAUUACAAAGUCAUCUUAUUGGCGAACUACAAUACCAGCGACGUAGCCCAAGAUACCAUCACACCUCUCAAAGGUAAAAAAACGUUCAUCAUCGCCCCUUAUUACGACAACCGAGAAGAAAACCUGGUCCGAGUUUUAGGAAUCGUCCAUACAGAAGUUACAAACCUCUUCUGUUAUUUUUGUUGCUACGGGCAGAAACAUUUGACCUUAACUGAGGCAAUGAUCGACAUCCACUCAGAUCGCUUUGGCUUUCCCUUCGGCUUAGCUGAUAUAAACUGUUAUGAGCCACCAGAAUGUCAAGCAACUCAUAUGUAUCUUGACUCGAUUUCAGGUGGAGACGUUGCAAUGCUGCCCAAGUUUGAAAUUCGAAAUCGUGAGCGGCAGCCGUUCUCUGCAGAUUUCACGGUCUGCAUUUCCACCAUGCAUCGAAAUUACAGCAACGCUUUACAGUUCAUUCAAACUAUCGAGAUGUACAAAUUACUAGGGGCGCAAAGGGUUACCAUCUAUGGUAAAGACUGCAGCCAGCAGGUAAAAAAAAUCUUGGACUUUUACAGCAAAGAAGGUACAGUGGAAGUCAUACCGUGGCCCAUUGAAAAAUACUUAAGGCCAUCUAGCAACUGGUAUUAUGAAGCCAGUGAUGACAAAGACAUUGGCUACUAUGGGCAACUCUCGACGCUGAAUGACUGCCUUUAUAGAAACAUGUACAAAAGUAAGUACGUUCUACUCAAUGACCUGGAUGAGAUCAUUUUACCGUUAGAGCACAUGACAUGGGACAGUAUGAUGGAAAAGCUUCAACGAGAAAACCCCAAUGUGGGAGUUUUCUUGUUUGAAAGCCAUAAUUUCCCUCAAACUGCAGUGACUGAUGGAAAUUUUCCAAAUGUUUCAUCAUGGAAAAAAGUACCAGGCUUCAACUUACUAAAUCAUGUCCACAGAGAACCAGACAGACUGUUUUCAUAUAACCCUCGGAAGAUGAUUGUAGAUCCACGAAAAGUUAUCCAGACUUCAGUUCAUUACGUUUUAAAAAGUUUUGGGAAAUCACUAAAAGUUCCCCUACAGACUGCCCUUGUUCAUCACUGCAAGGGGCCUCAUCAACCAAACCUCAAAAGGUCAUUACUAAUCAACGACAGGACAAUUUGGAAAUACAAUGUUUCGUUGAUUAGGAACGUUAACCGAGUGCUAAGCCUAAUAUCAUCACACACUGGAACACAAAAACAUAUUUCUACUCAAGGUUAAAAAAAAUAAUCUGUAAAUCCAUGGCAUAUAGAAAUGAUGGCCAGAAACCAGGGCCAGGUUUAUAGAAAAUUGGACCCUGGGUGGCAAGCAAAGGAUGCCCCCCCUUCCGCGAGUAUUAUUUUUGUAAGGUUAGGCCUUGUUCACACUGACAGUGUUUGGUCGGUGAUUUCCAUCAGCGACUGUCAGCCAAAACCAGGUUCAGGUCUGAACACAGAACUUGAUCUGUCUGUAGCCUCCACUCCUGGUUUUGGCUUGCAAUCACACAUGGAAAUCACAGACCGAAACACUGAUGUGUGAAUAAGGUCUAACUCUCAUAAUUUGAAAUCUAUUGAUUUUGGGUGAAAAAGGAUUUCUAUGCUGGCUAUUUCUGAUUGAUAGAAAUGCUUAAUAUUUAAAAUGUAUUCCCGCAAAGAAAUUUAUUCAAAUUCUGUCCAUACAGAUUUAUUUGUGUACGUUUUCAAAAAUUAAAAUGAAGCGUUUUUAUAUAGAACAAUAUAUUUUGUUUACAAAGAAGAUUUUUAUUGAGGUUUAAAAUGUGAAGGGGAAAGAACUUUCCUGAUAUGUUGAUUAUACUGGUCCAUCAUCGCGAUCUGUGCCGAUAUACUGUAGAUGUGUUCCAGGGUUACAAAGUAGAGAAAUACUAAGAGACAGAGGACUCACACGUUACAACUAAGGUGGAUCUACUUAUUUCACAUAAAUGAAUGCAUCAUUGUCAUUGUCCCUCUGCCCACCAUCAUGAUAUUGUUUGCAGCUCUCAGCCAAACAGGAGUAUUAGAUGAUGGCAUAGGGGUAAAAUUCUACCAAAACCACUUUAUUUUGCGCAACGACAGCUUUAAUUUCUCAAUAUGAGUUACAAAGUCAUGGUGCUAAAGACAAUGUUAACCCUAUGUUAAAUUUUGCAUUGGAGGCCUAGGAGUUUCAAGCUCCUCCUCUUGCCAAAAACUUCUGCCAACAAACUUACCACAUAUUACUUGAGGAGAACAAAUUAGUACAAAUAGAUGCACACUAUAUCUCCCUAACAGUUGUGCUUUAGGCGGGCUUUGAGAAAAAGACCACAGAAAAAGAACAGUUCAACCUGAGCAGAGGUUUGGCAGCAGGGUGAGGGGGAAGGAGGGAGUGGGCUGAUUUAACUCUUCAUUUCUUGGGCUCUGUAGAGGUUAGAGAUGUGAGCCAGAUCUUGUUUGAAACCAGACAAUAUUAGCUUUAAAACAAGUCCAGGAUUGAGCAUUAUCUCUACUACUUUGGGAGAUAUAGCCUUUAGAAAUCUGGUCAGGAGUGACAGCAGCUGAAAGCAGACCAGAUUUCUAAAGGCCUACGAUAUACCUUGCGGUGCCGGAGGAUGCCCCUAAUUUAGUGUGCGCCUUUUCAUGAAUUAAGCCCAUCCUCUGGCAGUCUGUGUGUAUAAAGUGCAAUCUGGCAGAACUUUCAGUCUUCUUUUACACUGGAAAACUAACCUAAAAAAAGAUAAAUAUGUGGGGACCACUAGAAAGUGGUGAAGGCACCAUAGAAGCAUCACUCGCUCCUACAUUUCGGAGCAGUGAAGUUUAAAAAAUAGCAAACAUGAGAUUUGUGAUUUUUUCAUGCCAAAAACUGGUGUGGAGGAAUGUUAAAUGCCCCCUUAUAGCACCCACUGUACAGAUGUUAGUGCUGUGAUCCUGAUUGAUUGGAUUGUCAGCCUUCAAACAAGACCAGGUUCACACCUCUAGGUUCUUCAAAGCCCGAACUAUGAAGGUUUAAAGCAGCCCUCCGCCUUUAGCUGGCUGUGAGGAGGUAGGGGGACAGUGGGGGGAGCUGAUAGGUUACAGGGAGGAGAGAGAAAAAAACAAUACUCUCAUAUGACCCUAGGGGGAGGCUAGCAUGGACUUCUGUGCAUGUUACCUACCUCCUCCACUGAUCAGACAGCGUAUUUGCUCUCUGUCACACAUCAUUUGCUUUCCAGGAAAGGAGUGAGAAGAUCAGCGCUUAACCACCUAGUCCACGUCCACCAGAUGACAAACCUCCAGAUCAAUUGCAGUUCCUUAAAAAUCUCCCCAACCCCUCCUCCAGGGAAUGAUAUCAAAGUGAAUCCAAUCAAAGAUAAAGUGGAAUUCGAUCCGAAUUUCAGGAAAAAUUUGAUUUACCACAAAUCCAAAUUUCCUCGGGCUUUGUGGUAACAAAUCUGAUAUUUUCUAUAAUGGCUACUGCACAUGUUACAAAGUGAAAGUAAAAAGCCCGGGAACGAGAGGUCGUCCAUAAUGCCGUGCAACCAGCCAAUCAGUAGAUAGCCAGCCCCUGUGAUGUCACAGUCCUAUAAAAAGCCUCACCCUGCCCGUUCUCCACCAUUUUACAGUCAACUGAGCAUAGGUAGAAACGUGACAAGUGCUAGAGAAAGUGUUUUACAAAGCUUUUAUUAGUAUUAUCUGGGAUAGUGACAGUGUAGGGAGAUUGUAGGGAGAGUUUUCAGACACUAGGGAGGGCAUAGGGAAAGCAUAGGGAGACUGAAGCACAGUGCAGGCUUCUGUGAGCUGAAGGAAUCCAUAGAAGACAGUGCAGUUUGCAUCAAUCCCCUUUGUAGGGCAGAGAUCAAUCUAAUUGAACGGUGCCCACCUUGUUUAAUAGAUAAGCAAUUUUUUUAAACCUUGUAGCUGGCCAACUAGGACCUGUCCUAGGUAGCUAGUAUAGCUUAUAUGUGUAUACAGCUAUACCUGCCAAAAGCCUUAA